AUGGGGGCAUCAUUAUCGCUUUUGACGGAGAAUGGGUCGAGCAACGGAGGUCCGAGUCUGGGGGACAUACCCGAGAGCUGCGUGGCGUGUGUGUUUCUGCACCUGACGCCGCCGGAGAUUUGCAAUCUGGCCCGCCUCAAUCGGGCCUUCCGUGGGGCUGCCUCAUCCGACGCCGUUUGGGAAGCCAAGCUUCCUUCCAACUACCACCAUCUCCUCGACCUCCUCCCCCAGACCGACGGAGACACCAACCACAAGCUCUCCAAGAAAGCCAUCUUUGCCAUCCUCUCGCGGCCGCAUCCCUUUGAUGACGGCAACAAGGCACUAUGGUUAGACAAGUUUUCUGGGCGGGUUUGCAUGUCAAUAUCAGCCAAGGGAAUGGCAAUAACUGGGAUUGAAGACAGGAGAUAUUGGAAUUGGGUUCCUACAGAAGAAUCUAGAUUUCCUGUUAUAGCCUAUUUGCAGCAAAUAUGGUGGUUUGAAGUAGCUGGUGGGGUGAAGUUUCCUUUCAAUCCAGAUAUAUAUACUUUGUCAUUUAGGGUUCACCUUGGAAAAUUUUCCAAACGACUUGGACGCCGUGUUUGCAAUUUUGAGCACACUCAUGGUUUGGAUAUAAAACCAGUACGGUUUGAAUUAUCUACUUCAGAUGGUCAGCAAGCAUCGACUGAGUGCUUCUUAGAUGAUACUGAACAAGAUGGUGCAAAUGGGAACCACAAGCGGGGCUGCUGGAUAGAUUACAAGGUAGGCGAAUUCAUAGUUAGUGAAUCUGAUCCUGAGACUGAAGUGAGAUUUUCGAUGAAACAGAUCGAUUGCACGCAUUCCAAAGGUGGACUUUGUGUUGAUUCUGUGUCGAUUAUUCCCAGUAAUGUAAGAGAGCGUAGAGGUGGGUUUUUGAAGUAA